ACCUUAACAGUAGUUAGACUUUCUGUAUUCAAUUAAUACAGAACGUUUCAGGAGCGAAAAUAAUAAAGUAUAAUUAUUUACAAUUAUACACCUAAAAUGAAGCUUCUAAUAAGUUUAGUCCUGGUGAUAACGGCCACGUUACGUGUAAAUGCUGAUUGGUGGCAAAGUGGAAAUUUUUAUCAAAUUUAUCCAAGAUCCUUUCGAGAUAGUGAUGGUGAUGGAAUUGGUGAUUUAAAUGGUGUAACUGAAAAGCUUCAGUAUCUAAAGGAUGUUGGAUUCACAGCGGCGUGGCUUUCUCCAAUCUUUAAAUCCCCAAUGGCUGAUUUUGGCUACGACAUUUCUGAUUUCUAUAAAAUACACCCGGAAUAUGGAACCCUUGAAGAUUUUGAAAAUAUGAUUAAAAAAGCAAAAGAAGUUGGUAUCAAGAUCAUUCUUGAUUUUGUCCCAAACCACACUAGCGACGAAAACGAGUGGUUCAAAAAAUCCGUUGAUGGAGAUCCAAAAUACAAAGAUUACUACAUUUGGCACAAUGGUGUAAUUGAUCCAACCACUGGCCAACGAAAGCCUCCAAGCAAUUGGUUGAGUGCCUUCCGUUAUAGUGCAUGGGAAUGGAAUGAUGUUCGCCAACAGUAUUACCUUCAUCAAUUUGCUAUAAAACAACCUGAUUUGAACUAUCGUAAUCCGGCCGUGGUUGAAGAAAUGAAAAAUGUCAUGCGGUUCUGGCUGGCAAAAGGCAUAAGUGGCUUCCGUAUUGAUGCAUGUCCAUUUUUGUUCGAAGUCGAAUUAGACCGCAAUGGAUUAUAUGCAGAUGAACCACCAGUAACAUCAGGUUGUCCAGAUCCUGAUGAUUAUUGUCACUUGCAGCAUAUCUAUACCAAUGAUCGUCCAGAGACCUUUGACAUGAUUUAUCAAUGGCGUGAAUUGGCUGAAAGUUUUAAAAAAGAAAACGGAAGUGAUACCAAAAUAUUGCUCACUGAAGCGUAUACAUCUUUUGAAAAUAUGAUGAAAUUCUAUGGCGAUGGUACUCGCAAGGGCUCUUACGUCCCAUUUAACUUUGAUUUCAUGGGAAAUGUCAACAAGGAUAGCAAAGCAGUCGAUGUUGUUCAAAAUGUAAAUAAGUGGUUGAAUGCAAUGCCAAAAGGAAAAGAUUUCUAUCCGAAUUGGGUAUUGGGAAAUCACGAUAAUAAACGAUUAGCAUCAAGAUUUGGAGUUGAACGUGCUGAUUUGCUCAACAUCUUAUUACAAACUUUACCAGGAAAUGCUGUAACAUACAACGGUGAAGAACUGGCUAUGACCGAUGUAUUUAUAAGCUGGGAUCAAACAGUUGAUCCUCAGGCUUGUAACGCCAAUCCGAAUAACUUUAAUGAUUACUCACGUGAUCCAGCCAGAACACCUUUCCAAUGGGAUGCCUCUCCUAAUGCAGGUUUUACUGAAGGUUCAGAAACAUGGCUGCCAGUAGCACAAGAUUAUAAGACCAAAAAUGUAUUGAUGCAAGAACGAGCUCCCCACAGCCAUUUACAGAUUUUCAAGAAACUCAUUCGACUACGAAAGGAACCGUCAAUGCAAGACAUAAAUAACUUAAGCAUUAAAGCGGUGGAUAAUGUUGUUAUCUACAGCAGAUAUACCCAAAACAGUGAUAGAUAUGUGAUCAUAUUAAAUUUCGGGAAGACGGAUCAAUCUAUCGAUAUAAGCGCUCAUUUCCCAACAGUUAGGCGAGUGGAAGUUAUAACCACAUCAAUUCAAUCCAACUACAAUGAUGGAGAGGUGAUCGAUGCCACAAAGUUUGUUGCUAAGGGACAAGUUGGAACUGUCGUUGUUCAAAUUUAAAAUAUAUGCAAUACAUAUUACACUAUAAUAAUUUACUAAAUGUUAAGUUGGAAAAAGUAUACUGCAUAGAUCACAACCAAAUUGUACAUAAUAUUUAAAAAAUAUGACUUUAAAAUUUCUAAUGAACAAAAUUUAAGUCUUAGUAAGAAUGUUUAAGUUUUUGAUUUAAUAAAAUACAAUAUUUUUAAAUUAAAAAACAGAAUAAUCUUUUCUAACUAAACCACCUGCUUCUAUGGAAAAUUGUGAAUUAACAACU